AUGGAGGAACUACCCGAGUCGCGCUUGGGCACAAAGGAGCAUUGGGAUGAGGUAUACGAACGCGAAUUUGAUACGUACAAGGUGAUUGGCGAUGAGGGCGAAGUUUGGUUUGGCGAGGAUAGUGUAGAGCGUAUGGUUGAAUACCUGUCUCAGGUGCUGGAAGGUACACACUUGGAUUGCGCGCCGUAUGUGCUUGACCUCGGAACGGGCAAUGGGCAUUUACUGUUCAGCCUAUGGGAGGCUCGUGAAGAUAUGCGAGAUGGAGCGUUGGACAGCGCCAAACUUCUUGGAGUUGAUUAUUCGAAAGCGUCUAUUGAUCUUUGUCGUACGAUUGCCUUACAGCGGGGGAAUGGCUGCGAAACAAUUCAUUUUGACGAAGCCGACUUGCGCGAUGCCGCGAGUAUCAGGCAGCUCGUCGCGGAAGGGAACAGAGGGAGAGGCUGGGAUAUUGUGUGCGAUAAGGGCACACUGGACGCGCCUUUGCAAGGAAAGUUACCCGUGGAUCUCUACAUGGAAGCAGUUACGCAGCUCACACGCGCGCCUGCUGGAGCCGAGAUGGGCGGUAUCUUUUUAAUUACGAGCUGCAAUUUUACGGAAGACGAGUUGGUCAUCCGGUUUGAGCCCGCAGAAGCUGUCGUUGCGUUGCGAACAUUCUUUUCUGUCAUGCCGCUGCACUCGGAUCUGUGCGUGCGGUUGCAAAAUGCUGCGCGGGCCAAGUUGCGGUCCGUGCCGGUAGCAAACACAAAAGCAAAUUUAUGGAUUACUUCCAUUUUGCUGCAACACGGAUUUAUUUACAAUGUGGCACGGGGAACGAUUGCUGGCCCUAGUGCGCAGGAUUGGAACAAGGCGCCUGAUGUGCGGCGGCGACUGUGGGUGGAUCUCAAGUACCGAUCUGAUGACCGUCCUGUGCUUGAAAAUAUGAACUUGGUCAGCAAGCCCUCGCGCCGGCUUUCGAUGUCCAAUGAUGAGCUGUUGCGCUGGGUCACUGGCCGCCGCGCCAAGUUUGUGACACCGCUGCGAGCCGGCGAGAUUGGAAUUAUUGACUGUGGAAAGGAUGGAUGGUUUGAAGCAAAAGAGGCAAUGCGCCGCAAGCUGCAGGGCGAGGUAGUUUGUCGCGUGUCGUAA